AUACACUGACAGAACGGAGCCGUCUCCCCGGCGGCCAUUUCAGGCGGUGCCGCCGCCAUUACCGUUGGCUGGAGCAGGCGGGGCCAUGAGCAGAGGAGGAGGGGCACGGGCAGGAAUCCGCCAUUACUCGUCUUUGGCUGCCUGCUGCACUUUCCUCGCCAUUGUUUAUAAGGGGAGAUGUCGGGCGAAGAAGAGAUGCAAGACGAGACCACGAUGGAGGCCUCUGCCAGCGAGGCUGAGGGGAGCGGGCCCAACGAGGGGGUGAAGAUCAACGCCAGCAAGGCCGAGGAAGAUGAGGGAUCAACUGAUCCAACCUCCUGUGAUGCAGUCGUUGAGGAUUCGGAGAAACCGGCGCACUGGAAGAUGUUUAUUGGCGGGCUUAGUUGGGACACUACAAAGAAAGACUUGAAAGAUUAUUUCUCAAAGUUUGGAGAAGUUGUAGACUGUACCUUGAAAUUGGAUCCAAUCACUGGUCGGUCAAGAGGCUUUGGCUUUGUAUUAUUUAAAGAAGCUGAAGGUGUUGAUAAGGUAAUGGAGCAGAAAGACCACAAGUUAAAUGGCAAAGUUAUUGAUCCAAAGAGGGCAAAAGCAAUGAAGACAAAAGAACCAAUUAAGAAAAUUUUUGUGGGAGGCUUGUCCCCAGACACACCAGAGGAGAAGAUAAGGGAGUAUUUUGGAACUUUUGGGGAGGUUGAAGCCAUUGAACUUCCCAUGGACAACAAGACCAACAAACGACGUGGUUUCUGUUUUAUCACAUUUACUGAAGAAGAACCAGUGAAAAAAAUUAUGGAAAAGAAAUACCAUAAUGUUGGCUUGAGUAAAUGUGAAAUUAAGGUAGCACUUUCCAAGGAACAAUACCAGCAACAGCAGCAGUGGGGCACAAGAGGCGGAGGAUCCUCUGCAAGAUCUCGGGGAAGAGGAGGCCCAAGUCAAAGCUGGAGCCAGGGAUACAGUAGUUACUGGAAUCCAAGCUACAGUAGUUAUGGCUAUAACAACCAGGGUUAUGGAGGCUAUGGAAACUAUGACUACACUGGUUAUAACUACUAUGGAUAUGGAGAUUACAAUAAUCAGCAGAGUGGUUAUGGGAAAACAGCCAGACGAGGUGGUCAUCAAAAUAGUUACAAACCGUACUAAAUUAUUCCAUUUCCAAUGUGUCACAAACAGCGGGGAAUUCAUUGCAGGCCCUGUGUCGCGCUGACUUCACGAUUCUCACAGGCCCGCUCAAUGCGGACAGGGUACGAGAUGCUCACGCUCUCGAAUGCUGCCGUUUGGUAUGGUCUCUUCCAACAUCCUGUAUCAGCAUUAUAAUUUUAAACUGGAUACUCCAAGCUAUGCUUUCACUUAUUCCUUUUAUAGUAAAGAAUGUAAAUACAGUACUUUGCAGUAAAUUUAAUACAUUUUUUUCAGGCCCCCGUAAUCAUUAGAUUGGUGAACUUUACUGAAUAAUUUUAACUAUUUGUUCUUCUAAGGAUACAGCUUAACUCUGGAUUUUCUUAUUUAUUUCCUUCAUAGUAUUAAUCUAUGUAAAUGCUUGCUUUUCCCUUUAUAAACAUAGCUGUAAUUGCAGUAAGUUCCUGGGCUGAAUUCCUGUUGUGUAUCAAUUUUUCAAAACUAGGUUUACCCACCGAAGACUCAUAAUACUAUGAAACUGCUCGGAGUAUGUAAUUUCUCUAGCUGUAUGAGAAAACAGUAGUGUACUUAUAAUGCGUCUCAUAUUUAUAUACUGUAUUACAAAGGAAUAUUUUCCGUUCCCUAUUUUAAGUUAAAUACAAAAACCGAGUUGGUUUACUUUGAAAAUAACUUGGUGCACACAAGGAUUUCAGAGCUCUUAGACAUUUUUAGUUUUCUGGUUUAUAAUAAUUAAAAAUAUAUUGUACUCUAUGGGUAAGGGGGAUUUAAAUGUCUGGUUUUAUGUAACACUAUUAUAAAGGAUGCUAAUGUAACUAUAUUUUUCUUGCUUUUCUUUAGGUGGACAAGCAGUAUUUUCUGGGUUGAAGAUUUGAGGUGGCUCAUUCUGCAUGCAUAUAGCAGGGCAAAUUAUUUUUCUCCCCUUUUUUUUGUGGUUUUAAUUUAAUUUUUAUGGAGGCCCUAUAAAGGGAAAUAGCAUUUUUUCAUCAUUUCUAGAACUUCAUUCUUAUUUUAUUAUGGCUUUGCUUGUUAAAUUGUGUUCACCUUAUUUCACCAGCAUGGAAGACAAACUUGUGUUGAAUAUCCUUGUAUGCCUGCAUCAUGAUGUAGCUUUAUUCAGUUUUCCUGAAAAUAAAUCCUCCUAAUUUUUUUUAGA